UGGUACAGAACAUUUAUGCGGUGGUAAUUAAAUGAACGACCUCCACCUACCUAGCGAGACUUGUCAUAGCUUGGAACAACACCAUUGCCAGAUCUGGAGAACUGCCCCCGAUAGGCUGCUCGUAAUGUUUCUAUUCCAAUCAAGAUUUCCUUAGAAGAAGAGAAUUCUUGAUAGUUAAAAAUCUAGCGAAUCUGCACAACCGGCCAACUCUGUAGCCGCCGUUCUACCUUGGCGGAAAGAGGUGACCAAAUCAGCAGAUCGGGGUGUACACCGUGCAGACGCCAUGGAUUCCAGCUGGAUCCAAGUUCUAUCCGCAGAAAAAGUGCACUGCAGGUAUAGCACAGAUGGCCGUCAAAGAGACGCGGGCUCUCUCCACCGUGGUUGAAGCCGACGAGGUGGAUUCUUCGAAUGCAAGCACAGAGCAGCAUGUUUCAACGGUUCUAGAUUGUGAGUCAGGCCAGAAAUCGAGGACUCCAAGCUUUAUUGAUGUCGAAAGGGGAAACAGUGGAUGGGUUCGACGACAUAGGCACGGUGCAAUGCCAGAUGAAAGAGCUGCAAGCGCAGAUAGGAUAAGUGCACUUGAACUUGCAUUUAGAGGAUUUGCUGAGAGGAAAGGAGAAGCAGUAGUGGUGCCUUCCAUGGGAUUGACAUUUGAUUCUCUUGGAGAAGCUUAUGACUAUUACAAUCUUUAUUCGUGGGAGUGCGGGUUCGGAAUAAGGUACGGAAAGAGUCGUACAAACGUCAAAGGAGCUAAAAGUAUGCAAGAGCUACUCUGCAGCUGCGGGGGCAAACCAAAGAAAAUUAACUCAAGUUCUUCAAGAACAGAGUGCCCAGCCAUGAUUAGAUUGCUUAGAACUGAAGACGACGGCUGGUACAUAUGUGAAUAUAGAGUAUCUCACAACCAUGAGAUGUUGCACACGUACGCACAGAAACUCCACUUCCCUUCACACAGGCACAUCGACAAAUACACCAGAGAGCUGGUUUCUCGGUUGCGUCAGAAUAACGUUAAUCUUAGCAAGGUUUAUAGCAUAAUCGGCACAUUUUUCGGUCGUAUUGAGAACGUCCCUUUCACAAAGAGGUGCCUGCGGACGUUGUGUGCAAAAUUGAGCAGAGACCAGGCAGAUGAAGAUGUUAAGAAAACCAUGGAUUAUUUUGCAGAAUUGAAGCAGUACGACCCUGAAUUCACUUACACGGUGCGUGUAGACAGUGAAAGUAGAGUUCAGACACUCAUAUGGACAACUGGGAAGAGCAAAUUGCAGUACCACUACUUCGGUGACGUUAUUACAUUUGACACUACCUAUAGGACAAAUCUUUAUGACAUGCCGUUCGGACUUUUUGUUGGAGUGAACAACCAUUUCCAGAGUGUGAUAUACGCUGGUGUGCUUAUGCGUGAUGAGAAGGUUGAGACCUUCAACUGGGUAUUUUCUGAGUUUGUAAAGCUUAUGGGAGGGAAAAAAACAAUUACAAUUCUAACUGAUCAAGCAAGAGCUAUGGAGGUCGCUAUAGAGGAGGUUUAUCCUGAAGCAACACACCGUUGGUGCAAGUGGCACGUUUUAAAGAAAGCAAAAGAAUCUCUAGGUACUCUGUACAACAAACGCAGUGAAUUCAGGGAUGAGUUUCACAAGCUAAUACAGGAUAUGCUCACGGUGGAAGAGUUUGAAAAACAAUGGAAAGAGUUGAUCGACAAACAUUCACUGCAGAAGAACACAUUCCUCAUACAAACUUAUGAAAAGAGGCAGAUGUGGGCAAAACCUUAUUUUGCUGGGAAAUUCUGUGCCAGAAUGACUAGCACACAACAUAGUGAAAGUGCCAAUCACAUGUUGAAGAACUACGUACCUCCAGGAUGCCCUAUGAAUUUGUUUGUCAAACAAUAUAGCAAGCUCCAGUUUGACAGAGAUCAAGAAGAAGGGUUUCAAGAAAAACGCACCAGACUGGUAAAAUUUUGUAUUUAUGUGUAGAGAUUAGGUGUAGGAAUAAUUCUAUCUUCAAUAAAGUUAUAGUAU